CCAGUGGAAUCUAAACAGCUUGCCCGAAGUGGCACUGUCGAUACGGGGGUUUCCGAUAUUUGCUAAGAAUCAAGCGAAGGAAUCUUCUUCUCCCAUUUGCUUUCUACUUUACAAAUUGGCAUUGAUAUUUGAAGAUCUAUAGCUGAUGACGAAGGAAUUCAACGUCCCGCCGGUAGUUUUCCGGCAAGGUGGGAACACGGGAACGCAGCAACGCCCUCCUCAAUCGACAGCGCCGUUUCAGCCGCCCAAGUCAUCCAGCCCUAGCAUCCCCUUUAUGUCCUUCGAUGUGGGUUCCGCCGCCGCCUCUUCCUCUUUUUCAACUCCCCACUUCGCAUCCACCGCUAUAGGCGGCGGCAUUGGUGGUUCCACUGGGUUCGACCACGAGCCGCCGCUUCUCGAGGAGCUCGGGAUCAACACCAGGCAAAUUUACCUGAAAACCCUCUCCAUUCUCAACCCCUUCCGGGUAAAAGCCGAUCUCCACGAGGAUGCUGAUCUUUCAGGGCCGUUCCUGUUUCUAUUGGCUUUCGGGCUCUUCCAAUUGCUCGCCGGGAAGAUCCAUUUCGGAAUCAUACUGGGGUGGGUGGUCAUGGCUUCUCUGUUUCUGUACGUUGUGUUCAACAUGCUGGCCGGCCGAAACGGGAACUUGGAUCUAUACAAGUGUCUCAGCUUGAUCGGCUAUUGUAUGCUGCCCAUAGUUUUCUCAUCCGCAGUCGCGCUUUUCCUGCCCCAAGGAAUGGCUAUGAAGGUUGCAGCUGGGGUGUUUGUGAUAUGGUCAACACGGGUUUGCACGAGACUUGUGGUUGAGCUUGCAUUGUGUGGAGAUGAGCAUCGCGGAUUGAUUGCGUACGCAUGUUUCUUGAUUUUCAUGCUUUUUUCCUUGCUUGUUAUAUUUUGAAUCUUGAUCAGAGCUUCAAACUGCACUUUCUAGUUCACAAUGCAGUUAGUUAGUUUCUAGGAUUUGACAUUGUUAAAAGGCUUCCCUUUUAAUGAAUGAUUAGACUUGAAAUUCUUUGUUAUUGGCAAGCUGCGGAUCAUCUAGUUUGGAUUAAUCAUUCCUGGUUGCGUGCAAAACGUAACAUAAAAUGCUUCGAUUUCAAUUUCAUACAUCAGUUGGUGUAUACAAUCUGGAACUUUCAAUUUUGGAGUGAAAUUUGACUUAGGUGAA